GCUGUAUCCGCAAUUAUUAAAUCAGCAACACCGGCCCGACCCAAUUUAACAGAGCCGGUAUGAAUGUAUGAUAACUCUCAGGGUACCCUCCUGGAUAACGGCUUUCAGCCACUCAAUUAAGGCUUUGUCCGCGGAGCUAGAACUAUUUCAUUUUACAGGUGAAUAAAGCUCGCUGAAAUGGCUUCCACGGCAUAUGCAGGCGCCUAUAGCAGCCUUAUAUGCAAAAUCAGGGUGGUUUCUGUGUUGGGUGUACCUGUUCUUCCGUUGAAGGAGCUAAGAAGGAAACCAGAAAAUGGUACCUCCCGCAGACUUCCUAGAACUGGAACUUCCACACUUCUAAUGAGUAGAUCAUACUCCACUUCAAAGGAAUCAAAUAUACUAGUACCAGAGUGCAGUUUAGAUUCGAAUAGCAGUAAUGACAAAUCCCCUAAACAAGAUAAGGACAAGAAAGUGAUUCUGAAUUAUGUCAAUCUUCGUUUAUCAUAGAAAGUGACAAACAAUCCAGUAAUAGGACAAAGACGUAAUACAUUUCCUCUUUUUUUCAAGCUGGGCCAACAUUGUUUUUCCUUGAAGAUAAGACCCUUUCACUCAUAAAAAAGUUUUAGCUUCUUUUACUGUUUUAGUAAGACUGAAUGAGUUCUACUUUAGUACUUUAGGUGAAAAAAUGAUUCUCUUAAAGGCUAACACAUGACUCAUGUUAUACUCCUAUUAACAUGUAGUUGCAGAUUUCUAUAUUCAUUAGCUGAAAAGAUUUGUUAUUGUUCUUAGUUAUGCUAGUGAUGUGAUCAUAAUGCAGAUUCCUUUUGGAUACACGAGAAAGGAUGUUCUAUUAAUUGGACUUGGACUCACAGUUGUUGGCUAUGGCCUAAAAAGUGGAUUGGAGUUAUUUGGUGUUGAUUCACUACAAGCUGGAAAUGUAGUUCAACUGGUCAUGGUCUUGGGUCUAACAGUUGGAUGGAUCUCGACAUACAUCUUCAGGGUUUCAAACAAGGAAAUGACCUACGCUCAACAAUUAAGACAGUAUGAGAGCAAAGUCAUGGAGAAACGACUAGAAAGCUUAACAGAAGCAGAGCUACAAGCAUUACUUGAACAGGUGGAGGAAGAGAAGCUAGCUAAAAGUAAACAAGUAUAGUCUAGGCCAGCUUUCGCCGUUUCUUUAUCUACAGAUCAUUCAAAGUGCAACUAAGUGCAACUGUAUGCAUAGGGUAGUUUCUGCAAAAGAUGCUAAAAGAGAUAGUAAAAAAUGCCUCAUGGAGAGUUGAUGAUAGAUGGUGUAUAUGGGAAGUGGAAAGUUUAUUCUUCUUCAGUUGAGAGGCUAUAUGUUGUACAAACUUAUUACUACUGAAUUACAGGUUGAGCUCAUGUUUGGAAAUAGAAUACAUCUCUGUAGUAUUGUGAAAAUAAUAAAUAAA